GACAGCAACACAUAAAAACAUGGACACUGCGCAAACAUGUCACCGGCCUGUCCGAGGAAGAGAACGUAUCAUUUUAACCGAAGAAAAGGACCGCAGAACGUUUGUCACAGUCCUUGUGGUUCUAACAGAAGACUCACACUACAUACAGGCGCUGGUCCGGGAGGGGCCGCCCGGAUCGCGCACGCCGGCCCAUGGGAACACAUUGGUCCCAGAGAAACUGCAGCCUCCUGCCCCUCCCAGAGACCGAGGGUAGGGGGCGGCGUAGGGGUGAACUGAGAAAUGACGACUCUCUGGAUUGCCGGGACCGGCAGGAGGAGAUCGCGCAGUUUGCGUACGUGGAGUUCACGGGUCCGGACAGCAUUACGUGCCCGACAUGUCAAGGCACCGGCAGAAUACCUUCGGACCAGGUGAACCAGCUGGUGGCACUGAUUCCCUAUAAUGAUCAGAGGCUGCAGCCCCAGAGAACGAAGCUGUAUGUGGUCCUGUCCGUGGUGCUGUGCCUGCUGGCCUCUUCGCUGUUGGCCUUCUUCAUGUUCCCACGCUCCUUGCUGAUCGAGGACGAUGGUAUACGCACCGUGACCGUCCUCUUCGACCGCAACAACAGCAAAGUCAUCAUCAACAUGACCAGCACCUUGAACAUCAGCAACUCCAACUUCUUCACAGCGCUGGUGGAUAGUGUGAGCUGCCAGGUGCUGUACAUGAAGACGGUCAUUGGUACGCAGCAGCUGGAUAACGUCAUCAGCAUUCUGCCCCUCAGCCAGAGACAGAUGAACUUUACUGUGAGCAUGGAGAUCAGCGGGAGCCUUUCCUAUGUUUAUGCGUUCUGCACCAUGGCCAGCAUCAAAGUGCACAACAUUGUGGUCUUCAUGCAGACCUCUGUAAAGACCUCGUAUAUGGUACGCACCGCGCAGAACACCCUGGAGGUGUACCGCUACAUCGACUGCGGGGCCAACUACACCGUCCGCCAGACCCCCUGGCUGCUCUGACCCCCGACCCCCCCUCGCCUGCAAAGCACUCUGGGAGCCCGGGGCCGCGUUCUGUGACGGACAGGAACGCACUUUGGUUUGCUGCGUGGGUUUCUUUAGUUUCUCUUUUGUUUUUGCACUGUCAUACGGGGCAGAGUUGUGCUGUCUCAGACUGAAGUGUAUUAAAUCCCUCUCCCAUCAUGCCUGCUCCUCCUCUCUCAGGCAUACUCCUGCUCUCUCAGACCUGUGCGCUCCUCAUCUGACCACAGGCUUAGUGUUUACUGCUCAUUUGAAUGUAUAGCUGCUCAUUUGAACAUAUAGCUGCAGAGGUGUAUAUUUUAUGUUUGCUGUGGAGGGUGAUUACGAGAGGGAUUUGCGCACCUUAGAAAGGGUACUGUUUUUUUGUUUUUCUUGGGAGAUUUAGUUGUACAGCAUUAUUUUGUAAAAGGUAUAGGAUGAUGGCAAUUUUUUUAACUUGGGGAUAAUAAUUUGGAUUAGAACGGAACACACGGGUGUGUGUUUAACUGUCUGGGGAAUUCCAAUUGUCUUAACUUUGUAAUAUUUCCUGUCUGUUUCCAGCAAAUUAACAGAGUAAUAUAUAUUUCUAAUAUACAUUCAUGCACAUACUUUGGGGUGGGGGGUAAUGGUGUUGUUUCAGGCAAAUUAUCACAUGCUCCUGUUUGUUGUGAUGGAAAUGUUCUCGUAUUUUGGUAAUGCCCUAAGAGGCUGUCACUUUUAGGUAUUCUUUGAGGGACUGAACAUCAGCAAUACCUCAGUCUAUUCAAUCAAAGCGCAAUGCUGUUUGUCCAUAACCCAAUAAAUGAAUCAAAAUGUC